ACUUCGAUUCAAUUCGUGGAACGGGAACGGGAAGUACUUUACUUCUGUACUAUACUAUGUACUGGAUCGUUCUGACGUGAUUCGGCCGUCAGUUUCCUCGGCGAUACAUGAUCCUUGGCUACACACGCAUUCCUAGAACCGGUUUCGGUCGAAUAUUAUUGGUAAACGGUAGAUGAGAAGAACGUGAACAUUUCGGAGGCGACAGUUUCCCCGCGAGCGAAUUGGUCUGUCGGAGUGAUUUUUCUCUCUCAAAGAUGAGUACGUCCACUUUUUCAUCUGCCCUAAGGAGGGUAUCAUCUGUGAACUGUAUGGAAGAUACGUCAGUUCGAGCCAAACUCCGUGGCGAGGGUUUCAAUUUUAAGACAGGCACGACAGAAACCAGGCCAACCUUGUCAUGGAGAUCCCAACCGUGAGCAUCAACAGUAUUGGGUUAGCCUCGGAUAGGCCCGAGCAUGAGGACUUUCUUGACAUCGGCAACAAGUUGGACAAAGCGUUCUCCGAAUAUGGGUUCGUAUACCUCACCGAUCAUGGGAUUGAUCAGCAGAUCGUUCAGGACAUGUUUGAGGCCUCCAAGUCUUUCUUCACGUUGUCGGCAAACCAAAAGCUCACAUGUAGUCGGCAUCCCAUAACCACUCAAGGCUACGUUCGACCUGGACAAGAGAUGUUGGACAAUCUCAAAGAGGGUGGAGAAAAGCCAGCGUUCCACGAGAUUCGAGAGAGUUUCGACGUGGUGUCCUUGGAGCCGAGUGCCCGAUUCCCGGACGACCUGGUGCCCGAGAUGCGAUCUGCCUUUGUCGCUUUGGGCGAACGUCUCCUAUCAUUAUCCUUUCGGAUCCUCGAGGCCCUGGCCUUAGGCCUGGGUCUGAAUCCCAAGUUCUUUGUGGACUGCCACCAGUUGAUGAUCCAAAAAGCCAACAGCUCCAAGUUGCGGUCACUUUACUAUCCGGCCAUUCUCGAUCUGAUUAUGAAAGGCGUGGUGCGAUGUGGAGAGCACUCGGACUAUGGAACAAUCACAUUCUUGUUCCAAGAUGACCUCGGGGGAUUGGAGAUUAAAGGACCAGACGGAUCUUGGAUACAAGCGCCUCCAAAUCAAGGCAGCAUUCUGGUGAACGCUGGGGAUUUAUUAGAGAUAUUCACCAAUGGAAAAUUCCCGGCCACUCGACACCGGGUCGUCAUCCCUGAGGAGGAGAUUCGCCGCAGGCAACCCCGUCAAUCCUUUGUCUAUUUCAUUCACCCGGACGAUUCCACUUUGGUCAAGCCCAUCUUGGACGAAGAGCCCAAACUCGAAAAAUACCAAGGCAUCAAUGCUCUCCAACACUUGGUCAACCAGUUUUCCGCCACUUACCGAUGACGAGAUGCCGAUGUCUCGCUGUCUAGUUGGCUGGACAGGUCAAAUGAUGUGUCCAAUUCUGCAUUGUGCGCGUAUACUUCGUUUCGAUGAUUAUCGAGACAUUUUGCUAUGCUAAUAAAUAAACGAUCAUUAAUCGUA